AGUUUAAAAGCGAGCGAUGGCGUUAAGGCGGCUGAGAGGAGAAGGUUUAAUUCAGUUUUGAAGUGAGAUUGAGUUGGCAGAGAGAUGGGUGUUAUUGGGGUUCAGCUGGUUGUGAGUUUGCUGAUGGCGACCCUAAUGCAGAGAUUAGCACCUCAUUACUCCAUAGGUCGCUGGCUGCUCUGUAAUGGGAGCCUUUUCCGAUAUAAACACCCAUCGGAUGAAGAACUCCGAGCCUUGGCUGGAAAACAGAAACCCAAAGUGAAGAGAGACAGGAGGCAAAAUGGCAUGACAGAAACCAAACAAGAGAGAGUGCCCAAGGACAUCAACCUGUGUCUGGAAGCAAAACCAAUCACUCCUCUUGAUGCCCUGGUUCUGCGUUACUUCCUAGACUACCUGUGGCUCAUGGAUUUUGUCUUGUAUGCGACUCUGGUUUACAUAUUUACUGAGGCCUACUACAGCCUGCUCCCUGUACAGGGAGAGGUGAAUGUCGGUGUGCUCUGGUGCCUGCUCACGUUAGCCUUUAGCAUUAAGGUUCUCUUCUCUCUGAUGACACAUUACUUCAGGACAGAGGAAGGAGGUGAGCGCUCUGUCUGCCUGACUUUUGCGUUCCUCUUUGUCCUAAUUGCGAUGCUGGUUCUGGUCGUGCGGGAGGAUUAUCUGGAGUUUGGCCUUGAGCCUGGUUUUGCCAAUUUGUAUGAAAAUGUGGAGGUCUUUCUAAAGCAACAGGGGGUGGACAUCUGGCCUUACUCAGUCUCCAGACUUGUCUUUAAGCUUGUAAUAGUUGGACUUUCGUCAUUUAUUGGAGCAUGUUUAACCUUCCCGGGCCUCCGAUUAUCACAGACCCAUUUAGAUGCCCUCAAGAUGACUGCGGACAAACCUCUGAUACAGAUCCUGUUGCAGGCCAACUUCCUGUCUCCCAUCAUAGUGUUGCUGCUGUGGGUUAAACCAAUCACCAGGGACUUUGUGAUGAAAACUCCACUUGGAAAAGAGCAAAUACAACUGAUGUCUGACACAACAUACAACACGGUGCGUCUGUGGAUAAUCAUCGUGCUGUGUGCCCUGCGUCUUACCAUGACCCGCUACCAUCUGCAGGCGUACCUAAACCUGGCGGAAAAGGGGGUAGACCUAAUGAAGAAGGAGGCUGGAAACAUUCCCAUGAUUGAAAUCCAGAGGAAGGUUUCUCGAGUAUUCUGCUACCUGUGUGUAGUCACCAUGCAGUACUUGGGCCCCGUAAUCCUGCUUCUGCACUCCACUCUGCUGCUGAAAGUGUUGGGUGAUUACUCGUGGGGCUUUUACCCAGAGUCCCCUCAAGUGUCUCCAGCUCUGGAUAUUACCUCGGAAUUCUCUGGAACAGCUCCCAAUGAGGAGGAGAGAUACGAAGUGACAGUCUCUCGGAUCAAAGCAUUCCUGAGCACCGUCUUUCACAUUUUCACACCCCUCUUUUACCGUGGCCUCUUCUCCUUCCUGACAUGGUGGCUGGCGGCCUGUCAAGUGGUGACAAACCUGUUCGGUCUUUACUUCCAUCAGUACAUGAUGACCUCGUAGGAAAACUGAGACUGGGACAUGAGAAUGAAACACACUGGAAAAUAUUGAUUCUCCUGUCGUGUUGGAGAAUGAGUGAAUGAUGAUGAGUCCAAAAUAUUUCCUUUAAUAUAUUCAGCUUUUUUUUAAAAUCCACUCCAGCUCCCCACAUCCAAAUCUUUUCCACUUUUUUUGCCCAAAGGUGCUGACAUCUACCAUCAACGAGCUGCCUGCAGGCUGUUCUAUACCUCACACCUGUUUGGCUGCUUUAGAUUAGAUUAUAUUACCUACAGUGUGGAAACAGGCCCUUCGGCCCAACAAGUCUACACCAACCUGCCGAAGCGCAACCCACCCAUACCCCUACACUUAACCCUUCACCUAACACUUCGGGCAGUUUAGCAUGGCCAAUUCACUUGACCUGUUUACCCGGAGAGCAGGUACAAACGAGGCUUUGCAGCUCUUGAUCUUUUUCCGUUGAUGCUCAGUCAGGACAGGGUUGAGCUGGAGUGUGAUGCCUCCGGUGUUGAACAAUCUCCCACCUUGGCAUUGGGACAAGGUACCAGAAGGCUUGCUGCUGUGAAGCUACGCAAGGCGUGGGGAGAGUGGCAGAAAGCUAGCAGGAGGUAGACUGUUCGGCAUCCUUUGUCACAAAUAUUAUGGUCCUGUAUCUGAAGGGCAGGGGUCAGUUAGCUCAGUUGGCUGGUCAGCUGUUUUGCAGUAGAAUGAUGCCAGUGGGUUCAAUUUGUGCUCUGGCAUGAAGGACUCUUUUUCUCAACCUGCCCCCUUGGUUGAGACAUGGUGAUUCUCAGGUUAAACACCCACCAGUCAUCUCUCUCUAAUGAGAGAGCUGCCCUGUGGUCCUCUGAGACAAUGGUAACUAUCUGAAGGCCAAUCGAAUAAUUCUCAAUUUUUCAUCAAUUGUUUAGUGUCCUAAUUUGGGAACCUUUCCCAGUGCCCUUUUUCAUCUUCCCUAAUCCUUCACUUGCAGAGGGAAAAUGCCUAAAUUAUUCUAUCUCAGAAUGGAAGGUCAAAAGAUGAUAUUUAAGGAUAAAUCUCCCUAAGAAAUAGACAUUAAGAUGGGGAUGAAAAUCUUGACCGUGGGUGGGGUGCAGCUCAAACUGGAGUUUGGAAAGAAGGAUCCAAAUUUUUCACGUUACCAACACAAUUAAGCAAAUUGAGGCAGAUUAGAUUCCCUACAGUGUGGAAACAUGCCAUUUGGCCCAACAAGUCAACACUGACCCUCUGAAGAGUAACCCACCCAGACCCAUUUCCUUCUGACUAAUGCACCUCACACUAUGGGCAAUUUAGCAUGGCCAAUUCAACUGACCUGCACAUCUUUGGGCUGUGGGAGGAAAUUCACACAGACGUGGGGAGAAUGUGCAAACUCCACACAGACAGUCACCAGAGACUGAAAUCGAAUCUGCGUCUCUGGCGCUGUGAGGCAGCAGUGCUAACCACUGAGCCACCAUACCACUCUAAACUGUUAGUGUUUAAAAUCUUUGCAACCCUCCUCUCCCUACAUCCUUGGAAAAGCACCUCUCUGAGGUGACCCAAGGAAUUCCGAUCACGCUCACAAACAGGUUAAGCACUGCUUUGUCCAUCGAUAAGUUGCCUAUUUUUAAUCAUCAGAGCUACGCCCCCACCCCAGGCAGAUCACCCAGACAUCUCUAACCUUAAAAACCAUUCUGGAAUUUUGGAAGGGGCAGAGGAGGGGGUGGUGAGUGGUAAGGGGCUUAUUACCCUCAUGGGUCCCCUCCCCUAUUUCUCAGUUCCAGGGCGAAGUGGGGUCCUGGAUCAGUGUCAGUGCCUAGAUGUCCUGUGUUAAUCAUAGAAUCUCUGCUCUGUGGAAGCAGGCCAUGUGGUUCAUCAAGUCCAUACCAAUCUGCUGAAGAUCAUCCCACCCAGACCCAAACCCUGUAGCCCCACAUUUCACAUGGCUAAUUCUCUUACACUGCACAUCUGGGGUGGCACAGUGGCUCAAUGGUUAGCACUGUUGCCUCACAGCACCAGGGACCCAGGUUCGAUUCCAGGCUCGGGCAACUGUCUGUGUGGAGUUUGCACGUUCUCCCUAUGUCUGUGUGGGCUUCCUCUGGGUGCUCCAGUUUCCUCCCACAGCCCAAAGAUGUGCAGGUCAGGUGAAUUGGCCAUGCUAAAUUGCCCAUAGUGUUAGGUGUGUUAGUUACAAGGAAAUGGGUCGGAGGGUUGUUGUGGACUUAUUGGACAGAAGGACCUGUUUCCACACUGUAGGGAAUCUAAUCUAAUCUUUGGACAGUGCAAGGAAACCAACACAGACAAUGUGCAAACUCCAAGAGUGGAAUUGAACCCGGGUUCUUGGGUGCUGUGAGGCAGCAGUGCUAACCACUAAGUCUCUAUGCUGCUGUCAUUGGAAUGCCAUUGUGAGGUUCUUGCUAUUAAACAUGACUGAAGACAUUUAAGGAAGAUAUUCUGCCCAUGAGGAAAUAUAGAAGUCAUCAGUAGGGCACUGGCGAAAUGGGGAAAUGGUAGAGAGGGGAGAUUUAUGGGUGGCAUGGUGGCACAGUGGUUAGCACUGCUGCCUCACAGCGCCAGAGACCCGGGUUCAAUUCCUGCCUCAGGCGACUGACUGUGUGGAGUUUGCACAUUCUCCCCGUGUCUGCGUGGGUUUCCUCCGGGUGCUCCGGUUUCCUCCCACAGUCCAAAUAUGUGCAGGUCAGGUAAAUUGGUCAUGCUAAAUUGCCUGUAGUGUUAGAUUAGGGGAAAAUGUAGGGGUAUGGGUGGGUUGCGCUUCGGUGGGUCGGUGUGGACUUGUUGGGCCGAAGGGCCUGUUUCCACACUGUAAGUAAUCUAUCUAAUUGCAGCUCAUUUUGACCAAUUGAUGGUAAGCCAGUGUAAGCAGAUUGUGUUCUGAACACAUGGAAAUACAAGUGAAGUGUGAGCAGAAGGUUUGGGUAGCCUAUAAAUCACCUUAUCGAGCACCAUUCACAAUUCUGGGGCACUUGACAGGGUUUUAGAAUCUAAGAACUUCUGAAUUGUGAACAAAGGUAAGAAAUGCUGCUGCUGCCAAUUAGCACACAGAAUAUUUCCAGAAACAACAACAUGAUGACCAUCUGUUGGUGUUGGGUGAGAGAUGAAUGUUGCCUGGGGAAAACUUUCCUGCUCCCUGCUGUGGGAUCCUUUACAUCCCCUCUUCUGAAAAUUGGCAUCUCCAACAGCGCAACGCUCCCUCAGUAAUACUGCAUGAGGGUCGGCUGAGAUUUUGUUGUUUAGGUUUCUGCAGUUGGACAUGAACCCACAAUAUUUGGUCUGAAAGGUUCCCCAACAGAGUGUUAGAAAGGUUGAUGGCCGAGAUGGAGAGCAGCCCCUAAUGACAUUUAGCAUGAGAGCAGAAGAAUUGUUAACAAAGUGAGCCGAAAGCUCCUCAUGCUGCCAUUUUUGUGUUUAUCAUGCUGCCAUUUUAAUCAACAGAUUAAAUAACAGCCAUUGCACAGCAAGCCCACUCUACAUUAUAUUCAAAGCAAAAUGCUUGUGGACACUGGAAAUCUGAAAUAGAAAGUGCUGGAGAAACUCAGCAGGUCUUGCAGCAUCUGUGGAGUGAAAAAUAGAGUUCAUGUUCUAAGUCAAGUUGAGUUUCUCUCUACAAGUGCUGCCAGACCUGCUGAGUUUCUCCUAUCAUUUCUGUUUAAGUUGUAAGAUAUUAUUCCUGUGACAUAUUUUAAAAAUGUUUUAAGAACGGACUGAAUUGUUUAUAUGAACUUAUGCAUAUAGUUAGUCUAAAACAAAGUAAUGAAUUAUCUGUCUUACAGCACAAGAUGAAAUCACGUUAUGAAUGUGUUUAAGUAACUGUUACAAAACAAUGGUCUCUGCUGAAAAGAUAACUUUAAGGCACCUACAUUAAACAUCACUUUCCAUAUUCUUCAUGGAAAAGAAUAUUGGGGCAUGAAGAUGCAACCAUUAAUUACUUUUUUCAGGGAUAUGGUGUCCCCUUCAAACACUCCCAGGAAGGACAGCAUGGGGUUAGAUAUAGAGUGAAAUUCCCUCAACAGACAUUGUCCCCCAUCAGACAGUCCCAGGAUUGGUACAGCAUAGGGUUAAAUACAGAGUGAAGCUUCCCCUAUACUGUCUCAAUGUAUUUGAACAAGAAUUGUGUGUUGAGGCGACCCAAACUCGUUUUAUGUUGGACCUUUCCUGACAGGAGCUCUACUCUAUUAGCAUCUUAAGUUUUUUUUGUUAAAAAUGUAACUGAAAUUGUGACCUUUAAAUAUGGCAUCCUCUCCCUGUUUUACAUCUGCCUCUCUCAUACAAUUUACGCCUGCACCCUUUUCUCCUCUCAGACCCUGUCUACUAUCAUCCCAACUCCCUUUCAUAACUCCAUUUCCCUAAUUAAAAGACAUGGUCGAGGCAAUUGCCGUAAUUGUAAAACCACACACCUCUCACACCCCCUUUUAUUGCGGCUAACUGUAAAUUGCUUUCAGUUAGGACCCAGAAAACCAUCUGAUCUAGGUCCCUUGGUGACACUUUUUUUUUGUUUCUCCCAGCCUGUGUGCAAAAGACUCUGACUCCAGCCUUUAAUUUGUGUCUGGGGCACAUGCUGCUUUGGGGAUACAGGCCCCUGCAGACUCCCAGGAGACUCCUAAUUCACUGAUCUGUCUGAUUCCACUCAAAUGACUUAAUUAUAAAGCUGUAUGCGUUAAAGGGCUAGUCCACCUCAACCAGAUAUGAAUUAAACACAUGAAGCUGGCCUGCUAUUCAUUUCCUGAAGCCAAAUUUCAAUCUUAAAUAUCAUUAAGCAUAAUACUGUUGCGCACUGAAAUAGUGAGAAUGUUUGAUAUUUUUACCUACUUGUCAAGCUGUACAUUGAUACAUUUCUGGGGGUAGGGGGGACUUGAACCCAGACCUUCUGGCCAAGAGGUAGGAACACUAUCACUGAGCCACAAAAGUAUUUACGAGUGUCAUAUUUAAUACUGUGGUUGAGAGCACGAAGAGAAAGGAGUGGGGAGCAAACAGGAUUCCUGCUUCUGAUCGCCAUCUGGUGUUGGAAAGGUUGUGCAUACAUCAAGUCAAGAUUAGAUUUUGUUUGUGCCAUGAUGACUUUACUGUCAAAUAGCCUGCCGAAGCUCACUGACUGGACUCUAUGUACAGAAUAGCAAUGUGCUCAAGCUCUUACCAGAGACCAAAAAUGGUGCCUGGGGAAAAUAAGUCAGUGCCUUCAGGUGAUCAGGGGUGACAGUGGAAAGAUAUAAUUAUUUUUAAAAUUAUGUAGAACAGUUAUUAUUUUUCUGUGCUAAAGUGGAAUUGUGUGGUUUGUGAGACUUUAUGGAGACAAAUUAAA